AUGAUGAUAGCUGCAGUGGUGUUAAUCGUAGCGCUGCGGAGUGCUGUAUAUGCGGAUUUAUUUACAUCGAUCGCCGAUAUGGAGCUGCUUCUGGAAGCUGAAAAAGGAAUUCCUGAUUUGUUGGAUCUGCUUUCAAUGGGAAAAAAGCAGCAGAACAAUCGUACUAUAGAAAAUGAUAUACGAUUGAUAAGCAAUCCAGUGAGUGCCUAUUUGCUUAUCAAAAGAUUGAUUGAGGAAUGGAAUAAUAUAAAACGAUUAGCAGGAAGUGAUAUAGGUGAAGAAUUGCUGAAGGAAAUUUCACAAUUGCGAGCAAUGAAUUAUGUAAAAAAUCCUACUACGGAAGAUUUAAAUGGAGCUGCGAUAGCCUUACUUCGACUGCAAGACACCUAUCGAUUGAAUGUUAAAGAAGUAGCCGACGGGAAAAUUUUGAAUUCCUCUGUUGUUCAACCAUUUACAGCCAAAGAUUGUUUUGAUAUUGGUCGAGCAGCGUAUAAUGCGAAUGAUUACUAUCAUACCAUAAUAUGGAUGGAGGAAGCGCAGGAGAGGUUACGAGAUGAAAUGCCACAUGUUACUGUACAAUUAAAGGAAAUUUUGGAAUAUUUAGCUUUUGCACUAUUCAAACAAGGUAAUCUGAAACGUGCCUUAUUACUCACUGAACAGCUCUAUAAAAUUGAUCCAAAUCAUCCACGAGCAAAAAACAACAUCAAAUGGUAUGAAGAUCUGUUAGCGGAGGAGGGUGUGAAACCGAUUGAUUAUCGACGAAAUAUUCCACCAAUAAGUAAUCCUCGCCCAACGAAUGGCUUCGAAACAACGGAGCAUGACAUCUAUGAAGCAUUAUGUAGGAACGAAGUCCCUGUGAGCGUUAAAGCAACGUCAAAACUAUACUGCUAUUACAAGAUGGAUCGUCCAUUCUUGCGUUUAGCUCCUUUUAAAGUUGAAAUCAUGAGAUUUAAUCCGCUUGUCGUAUUAUUUCGUGAUGUUAUGUCGGACGAAGAAGUAACAAUGAUCCAAAUGUUGGCGACACCGCGAUUGCGAAGAGCGACUGUGCAAAAUUCGGUAACUGGUGAACUUGAAACAGCAUCAUACCGAACAAGUAAAAGUGCAUGGUUGAAAGAUGAGGAACACGAAAUUGUUCACCGAAUCAAUAGACGAAUUGAUUUGAUGACUAAUUUGGAGCAAGAAACUUCAGAGGAAUUACAGGUUGGAAAUUACGGCAUUGGUGGUCAUUACGAUCCGCAUUUUGACUUUGCAAGGAGAGAGGAGGUGAAUGCUUUUGAAUCACUGAAUACAGGAAAUCGUUUGGCAACAUUGUUAUUUUAUAUGACACAGCCUGAAUCAGGAGGUGCUACUGUAUUUACAGACGUCAAGACAACAGUUAUGCCUUCCAAAAACGAUGCGCUAUUUUGGUAUAAUUUAUUGCGAAGUGGUGCGGGUGAUUUGAGAACACGUCAUGCUGCGUGUCCUGUAUUAACUGGUACUAAAUGGGUGUCGAAUAAAUGGAUACAUGAACGUGGUCAAGAAUUUCGUAGGCCCUGUGGUUUAGAACGAUCAGUGGAGGAACAGUUUGUAGGCGAUCUAAGUGCCUAA